UGGAAGGGCAACGGAAUGGUUGUUCAGUGGUUUUCCUCGGAUUCAUUUCAUUGAGUGGACUUAAGUGCGUGUUUAUUGGAAUUUUCUAAGAGUUUGGUGCUUCAUUUGUGAAGAAUUGAAUGGAUUUUUAAAUCGGUGGUAAUAUUGGAGCAGGAAGAGCCAGGUUAUGGCUGCCUCAGAAAGACUCCUGUUGUCGCUCUCAUUCUUUUGGCUGCUCCUGAGUCUCUGCAGAAGUCAAUGCGAGAUCGAAACUGGAGAGAGUGUGAUCAUAAUGGAUAUAUUAGAAAGCAGAGGAAAUCAAAUCAACCAAAGCACAGUGCCAAUAGAACUUCCUAUUCGUGGGCUUUCCCACCAAAUAGAGCUUGAGAUCCAGACGGCGACGGCUGAUUAUUUCGCCAUCGAAGGCAAAAGUCUACGACUCAAGAGGCCGAUCGACAGAGACGACGGGAAGCUGACGAUGAUAAGGCUACAAAUAGCGUGCAGAGAGGUCACUUCUGGUGUGCAGCGCAAUAUCCCUGUGGUCAUCCGUAUAGGCGACAUCAACGACAAUCCGCCCCUCUUUAAAGCAAGAACUUAUGAAACCACAGUGUCAGAAUUGACUCCUAUUGGCACUACCGUAUUUCGAGAUUUGUCUGCUACAGAUGCGGAUUCUGACAGCAAUGGCUUAGUUGAAUAUUCCACUUCUCCUGGAGAUUCGACGGAGAGAGACGGGUACCCUUUCUUCUCCAUCGACCUCCCGCAUCAAGGAUUGGUGACAGUUCGGAAGACGCUGGACUACGAAAGGACUGAUGUGUACUACCUCACCAUUUUGGCAACGGACAAAGCUUUAGAUCCCGCCCAAAGACUGACGUCAACUGCGACGUUGACUGUUCAUGUGGCUGACGGAGACGAUCAAGAUCCUGCAUUUGUCUAUGACGCGUGUACCUUGGUCAACGGCGCAUGCGUGAAUCCGGAAUACCACGCUGAUGUUACCAGUGGGAUUAUGUCUGGGAUGCUAAAAGUUCUACCUGAACCCAUUACAGCAAAGGAUAGAGAUUCUUUAAAUUCUGCGAUUCGAUAUUCAUUUGUAAAUGGAACUCCACCAUUCUACAAUGACUAUUUUGAGAUCGACCAGAAUUCUGGUCGAGUUCGUCAACUGAAAGCAUUAGACAGGAAAAUAGCCAAGAAUCUGGAAAUUAUUAUCAAGGCAGAAGAGAUGACAGACAGCAAACGAUUCUCGACUGCCAAACUCCUGAUUGACGUGAAAGCCGUCGACAAUUAUCCCCCUAUUUUGAUCCCUUCCGCCAUGGAGGGGUAUGUGAACGAGAAUUCUCCGAUCGGCACUACUGUGACUGUUGAUAAAGAAGGGAAGGUUCCUUUGGUCCUGAAAGUCACUGAUGCAGAUUUGAGUGGAGAAGAAGGCCAAGUUUCAUACGUUUUCGAAGUAACGACCCAUUCGUUUCGAGUGAAUUCCGACGGCUACUUGGUGGUCAACGAAGCCAAUUUGGAUCGAGACCCUCCCAAUCCCAACAAAUACACAUUUCAGGUAAUAUCCCGGCAAGUGGGCAGUCCUCCGGGAAAGGGAGCAAGCGCACCGGUGACCCUCAGCGUCCACCUGAGCAACGUCAACGACAACUCUCCGGUGAUCAAGCCUUUGCCUACCGUCCGCCUGCCGGCUGGCGACGGACUACGAAUGGUUGCAAGGGUGGAAGCGAGCGAUGCGGACGACAUCGACGGGUCAGAACACAUAGUGUACUCCAUCUAUCACGUGUCUAAUGAGGGACUUUCGAAAUUUCGCAUCGAUCGGGAUGCAGGUGUCGUCCAAGUGAUCGACAAAGUGUCAGCCGGACAACAGUACAGUAUUACCGUCCAGGCUACUGACCCUGGAGGAAGGUUCAGUCAAGGUAUCCUGGACGUCGUUGUGGUGGCGGGCCCCAAUGCUGGAGGGCCCGUCUUUCCUCAAGACAGGUACGACGCUCAGGUGAGCGAGGGGGCAGCCGUCGGAUCGACCGUCAUCACGCUCACGGCGGAAGAUCCGGAGAAGGACGAAAUCACCUAUUCUCUGAUUGAAGGCAACGUUAAUGGGGAUUUCGCCAUUGACCCUAAAAGCGGAAUCCUAUCCGUCGCUCGGCGGCUAGAUCGAGAGGAAGUGUCGGCUUAUGCUCUGGUUGUCAAAGCCUCAGAUCCCAGCAAUCUUUUUUCAACCACUACUUUGGAUAUCAGAGUAACCGAUAUUAAUGAUCAAAAUCCAGUUUUUCUGCAGUCAGAAUACAUAUUUAGGGUCGAUGAAGGACAGGCUGAUGCUUACGUCGGAACUGUUCAGGCAAAAGAUGACGACAUUUCUUUAAAUGGUCAAAUAAGGUACUCUGUAUCACAAUCCAGCGACUUCCGCAUCGACCCCCAGACCGGUGAGAUCCGUACCCUUCGAGCGCUGGACUUUGAGUCGCAGCCUUCGCAUCGCCUCAUGGUGAUGGCUCGGGACAGCGCCCCCGACUCCAGGUUCGGAACUGCGGCCGUGACCAUCCUGGUCACUGACGUCCAGGACGAAAAGCCUCUGUUUGAGAAGAGCCUCUACGAAGCCAUGGUCCCGGAGAACAAAGCCAACUACGAGGUCAUUCAACUCAAGGCUCGAGAUCCGGAUUCUGUGAGCAGUGUAACUUACGUCAUCAAAGAAGGUGCUGAAGAUCUUUUCGAAAUAGACGCCGUGACCGGAAUCAUCCGCACAAUGCAGCCGCUAGAUUAUGAGAGGCGUGCCUCUUACAAUCUUCUCGUAGGGACGAUGGAAAACGAUGGUCCGGAUCCAAGGGCCACUGCCACUGUAGCCAUCUCAAUCAUAGAUGCAAAUGAUGUCGCCCCCAUCUUCACUAGUGUUCCCCUGCCUAUUCGGUUGCAAGACACAGUUCCGCUGGGCACAGUCGUCACGACGGUCGUGGCGUCCGACGCAGAUGGAACGGCUCCCGGCAAUGAAGUGCGCUACGAAGUGACCGGAAAAGAGAAAGCGCCCACCUACUUCUUGGUGGAUCCAGUCUCUGGACUAAUUUCAGUGAAAGAUGAUCUGAGAAAAGAGCCCGAUUCGGAGUACAGGAUCGAAGUGACCGCGAAAGAUCUCGGCGUUCCCUCUCUGUCCGCCACCGCCACGUUGACUGUCUACGUGGAGCACAUCGCGACUCCAGCUCCGGACUCUGAAUUGGGAUUCGCGGAUUCCAUUUACAGUGUGGAAGUCCCCGAAAAUUCCCUGGCUAACACGCUCAUCAAGACUUUACCUGUGAUCAACAAACCGAGGGGCAACUUUCCGAUUGGCUGCCGCAUUGAUCGGGGAAAUGAGGAAGGCCUCUUCUAUGUUUUGGAAACGAAUCAACGAGACUGUGAACUGCGCUUGCAGACUGGCCACUUAGAUUACGAGAGACAAAACCGCUACGUGCUCACGGUGAGACUCGUCACUGUCGGUGGACUUUUCGGUGACUCUCGCCUUCGCACAGAUGUUUCAGUGCAAGUCGUGGAUGCGAACGAUAAUAAACCGGAGUUCUUAUUUCCAUCCCGAUAUUCCAGAGUCUUCAUCGACAAAUACAUCGCAGCUUUGUCCUACGAUGCACCUUUGGAAACAGCUUUUCUCCAAGUUCAGGCUUUUGACGCAGAUUCCGGUGCGAAUGGUUUUGUGACGUACGACAUAUCUCAAGAAUCGGAUCCUUUUCGUAGAUUUAGGAUUGAGCCUCAGUCCGGAUUCAUUAGUAAUGUAAAACCCUUGGAAGACGUUCGCGAAGAGGAGCUUCCAAUACGACUGAAAGUAGUCGCCAGGGACAAUCCCGAGCUGAGGUCAGCAAUUAUGACUCAGACUGCGCAAGUGCUGGUAAACGUGAUCCGAGAUGAAAACAGGAUGGUGCUGGUUUUGAAGAACGCCUUACCUGAUCGAGUACUGGGAAUGAAAGAAAAUAUAUUAAGGUUGAUUCACGAGCGAACGAAUGUUGUAGCGGAUGUUGAGAAGGUCGUCUCCCUCAAAAUGAUCAAAAACAAUUCCAUUGAAACUGAUACGUCUGGAAGUGACCUGUGGUUCUAUGCGAUUGAUCCAGCGACAAUGAAAAUUCUUCGGGCAGAUGAUCCCAAACUGAAAAUGUCACUACUGGAGAGUGGCCGUACGGACAGCCUGUUAGCCGAGCUAUCGCGGACGUUGGGGGUCCAGGCUGUGCAGAUUCGGCCUCCGAAACUGACACCUUUGCCAGCAGUUCCGACAGAAUUUUCUCCUCCAGCAGUUGUGCGCACAGCAACAGGUGGUGGGAUACCUCGACUCCCAACAGCAGGAGGGGAUGUCAGUGACCUUGGAGCCGCUCUCAUAGCUCUUGCGUGCAUCAUAGUGGUUUUAGGUUUUGUUGGCAUCGUCUACCACUGCUGCAUGUGGUCACGCUAUGUUGCCUACCGCGAAAGAGUGAAGAGAUUAUACGUGGCUCCACGAUACGAACCUGUCUUCGUAGAACCUAGUCUUAAGGAAUACGAGACACAGGUUUUGCAGAUGAGUAUUCCUUUAGAUGAUGACGGAGGUGGGAGCCUGGAGGAUCCUCACCUCUCCCUGACCCUUCGCGGCAUGGAAGGCAUCUCUUAUAUAGGCGGUCACGAUCACAGGGAUGGCACUGUUUCUGCAUUCGGUGGCCACCAUACUGACCACAGCUUUUCUACAGGAGGCUCCUCUCUCAACGAGAGCCGCAGCUCGCUGGGCCACAGCAGUACGGCCCGAGCCACCAGCAGUGGGGGGCCCUCGGCUCUGGAGGGAGACGCUGACCUCAUGAUACCUGCCAGUAAUCCUUUGUUCGAGGAUCCGGAACAGGAGGAAGAAUUUUCCGGAUCUCUGAAAGACGAAGGGGAAGUUGCCCUUGUAGAAACGCACGAACCACCCCACAGGUCUAAAAAGUACACCGCGGAGAACACCACGGAACUUUGAAAGCAUCUGUAAUCGGCGGCCUCAUCUCUACUUAACAUGCGUUUGCCAUCAGCACCUGUGGAAGAAAUUCGGGUUUAGUGAAGCCAGGAAGAAGCGUUUCUCUAAGAUUUUUAAAUAUGCCAGCCAAGGGGAGCUGAGAACAGACUGCAAUGAGAAAGGAAAAAAAGGAGGCGUCUAAUGAAAACUUCCAAAAUCUUGCAUAUCACAAAAUGUCAUUUGGUUUAUAUAUUCCUGGGCACGAAUUGAUAAAUCGUCGCUGUUCAUUUAGGAAACAGAAUGGCAAAACGAUUAUCCAUUUCCACGCCAGGUGUAUACGACAAGAAUAAACCGUUAACUCAUCAUGAUGAAGAUUUUCAUCUAGCGACAUUUGUUAAAAUAAUAGUUUUCACAGUCUUCAUCUAAUGCAGAGUGACUGAUUCAUUGUAAUCUUCAGUCUGUGAUAAGCAAUUUUUUAUUGUAUAGAAUAGAUCCUUAUUUGUACUUAUAUGCGAGUGAAACUGAAAUUUUGUGUGUCAGAAACAUUUGAGUUGUUUGCGACUGCUUCGGAAAAUGCAAUAUUCUUUUAAUGAAUUUUCGAUUUCAUUCACAUCUGUGUGACUGGCGAGAUCAGCUGUGUUCUUUGACAGUUUCACUUGCUCCUGGUCUCUCAUCACUGUGUACAUAUUUUCUGUGCUGUGCCAUACAUAGUAAUUUCGAGUAGCCAAAAGGAAACAGGUCGCUGCUUUCUUGUAAAGAAUUUUAGAUUGCGCUCUAUAGAAGCAUUUGAUAAUAUGUGCCUUGCAGUGAAAAUUACUUAAUUUUAGAGUUAAUAAAGGCAUUUCAUACAAAAUACGACGCCAAGCAAUUUUAUACCCCUAUAGUUUCAUUUAUGGGAUUUUCGAUCGUAAAGACAUUGAUGGUCUAUUAUUUGGAUAUUGAUU